AUGGCAUCGUCUAGUCAGCACCACGAAUGGUAUUGCCGACCACGCCAAGGCGACCAUCAACAGCAGCGUGAAACUGAUAGUUGUACUGCUCCUGUCACCCUGAAUCGUAAAACUUACAAUUACAACGGGCGAUCAUCGGCCAUGCAGCCAACGGAAGAAAUAGUUGCAUCUGAACUGAGCAAACUAUCCGUGCAAGAAAGAGCUCAGGCAUUUGAUGAUAUUCACUGCGUAGGCGAGGAAAUGAAGGAGACCCCGGAAAUGGUACGGAUAUCUCUUGCCGAGUUUGAAGAGAUAGUGAAGAAGGAACACAAUAUUUUCUACGAAAUUGCCAUGACUCAAGACAGAACUUAUGUCGAAGAUCCUUCGUUUCGACUAAAGUUUUUGAGAGCCAACAUACACCAUGUUGGAAAAUCUGUUCGUCAAAUGAUGAACUUUCUGCAGCACAAGGCAGCGUACUUUGGGAACGACAAGAUUGCUCGAGAAAUCACUCUAGAUGACUUGAAUGAAGAAGACAAGGCAUGUCUCUUGUCUGGUUUUUGCUAUAUCCAGGAAGGCAGAGACCGAGCUGGACGAACUGUCAUACAUUGGUUUGGUAGUAUGCUGGGUAGAUUCAAAGCUGAAAAUCUGAUUCGGGCGGCAUACAUUCUGUGGAUGGUUAUCCUUCUUCCGGAUCCAGUAGUGCAAACGAAGGGGGUAGUGACCGUGUAUCAUAAUGCUUCAAGAACUGGAGAGGAGUUUGUGAUGCCCGGAAUGAAAUUCAUUCGGACGCUGUCAAAUGUCACUUCAUCAUUUCCCUUCCGCUACUCUGCAAUGCAUUUCUGUCUUUUAGCACAGGAAGGCAAGUUUUCCCCCAGCAACUCUUUUCUGGGAUCGAUAGUGAAGACUCUGCCAGUAUAUUCCAAAGUGCGAAGCCGAAUUCAUGUCGGCAGUAUAAUGGAGCUCCAGUAUGCGCUUCGAAGCCACGGAAUUCCGACGGAUAUUUUCCCCGUGGAUCCUGAUGGGAGUAUUCGUGAUGAUGUCGUCUUAACAUGGUUCUACAAACAGUACCAGCGCGCUGUACUAAUCGAGGGCACCUCGUGUUCAACAGGCCAUGCGCCUAAGCUGAUACUGACGCAAGAAGACAAGACUCCCUUCAUACCAUCAACGAGAGAGCCUAUUGAUCAUAUCGGUCAUGCGGCUGUAGGGAAUUGGUGCGUGCCAUUUGCGGUGCAGCCAUCGGACAAGCCUACUGAGAACGAUAUACUUUUGGGACGAGGACGGAUUACUCAAUUAUGGCCAGGCAACAUCAAAUUUCGAGAGUUUCUCGAGAAGCACAGUGUUGAGUACGAUAUGCUACCCAGGACAGCAAGAAAAAAGAGAACAGUUGAAUUGACUCAGGAACUUGGUGCCAAGGGGAUCCGAUUCUUUGAACCAACUGGGCCUGGAAAGUGGGUUGAAAUUGAUUCUUCUGAAGCGAGGAAGAAGGUCAGUCAACUCUUUAGAACGUUUCGGAAGAAUAAAUAG